AAUAUAUUUUAUAAAGUUUCUGGUUGAAUAGCAUAUAGAAAUUUUUCUAGAAAUAAGAUUAAGAUUUUUCUAAAACAGUCCCAAAGUUACAAAGCCAACUCUUUCCUCAUGACUGAAAAGCUACAAAUACAGUGAGUUAUUAGUCAGAGGUUUUAAUAAAUCAACCUAAAGUUAAUUAAAUUCCUCAUGUCUCCUUUGCUUGUUUUUAAGACAUAUUUUUAGUUUGAAUGCAACUCUUAUCAUAAUUUAAAAUACAGUUUUUAUCUUUAAUUAAAAAUGUUGUGCUACUUCCCAGCCAGACACUGCCUCUCUGAGUGCUGUGAUGUGUGAGAGAUUACAUUUCAAGAAAAAAAAUAAAUGCUCAACUGUAUGGAUUUUACUUGAAUGUAAACUAAGUUUGUGAUUUAAUUUUUCAUGAAGAGUGUGUUCAUCUCUAUCCUUAGCAUUUGGCUGGUUUUAUCGAUAUGAGGGGAAGCUGCCUUCACUGCGAAAGGUACAGUCUCUGGUUGUGUUGUGUGAAGUGGAUCUGAACAGUUUACCUUGAAAUCUGACAUUUAACUCAAAUGGUUGGAAGUGAGCAGGGAUCGUUUUCUCAGAUUUUCUUGUGUUGGUGUUGCACCAGUUUGUGUUUGUAUUAUUUAGUUGGUAGUGGCUGUGUUUUAUUUUUAUUUUUUGCAUUUUGCGUUACCCAUCUGGUGAUGCCUCAGAAAGGAGAAAAGAAAAAGAAGAAAAAGAAAAUGUCCAACACAGACACACUGCAGGAGCAGCGAAAGAACAAGAAGGAGAUGGAGUUUGAGCUGAAACUUGCCAGAGAGAAGGAAGAAAUGCAAGAACGGGAGAAACAACUAAAGAUCAAUCGGCUGGUUCAGGAGGUCUCAGAGACUGAAAGGGAAGACCUGGAGGAGUCUGAGAAAGUGCAGCACUGGGUGGAGCGACUAUGUCAGACUCGGUUGGAGCAGAUCUCUUGUGUGGAGAAUGAAUCCCCAGAGCUCUCCCCACCUCGUUCUCCUGGCUCAGAGCCAAGGGUGAAGCAUUUUCCUGGUGGUUUCAACCUAGCAACCACUGAUCUGGAUGACAUAAACCUGGAUGAGGUGGACCAGAGCCUGAGGGGGCCUCUUAAAAAACUAGUCCCGACUCAGCCCACCACAAACCAGCCUCCACCUCCCUUGCCUCGCCCCCCACCCUCACCCAAACUGAAUCCAACAAUCCCUAAGUACUCCCCGCCCUUACCUCGAGUAUCCCCACAGCGCCGGCCUCCUUCUUCCCCCAGUCCUAGGAAGCCUCCAUCCUCUCCAUCCACUUUGACACACAGGGGGCACAAGCCUCGCGCACAUCCCCAACAUACACAACUGCGCCGCCCGUCUCCCUCCAACUACCCUCUGCCAUCUCAAACGUCAAGACCCCCAUCUUCCCCUCAACCCACGCCGCACCCCCAUCCUCCGCCUCCCCCUCCUCCUCCGCCACUACCACCUCCUCCUCCGCCUCCUCCUCCACAGCACUCUGAAGAACGUGAAUACCGCCAGCAUCACCACCACCACCACCACCACUUCCAACAUCCUCCCAGCCCUCCCGAACACAGGAGUGAGUGGGAAACAGGUGGCUACCUCCCCAGAGGGGGGAUUUAUGCAUCUACCAGUGAAAUGUCUCACCCCUCAAGUCCAAAGGUGAUGAGAAACACCUCCCAUGUCAGUCAUAUUUCCAGUUCAAGCAGUCAGCUGCAGCUGGCUCCCAGUCCCCCUAACCAGAGGCGUCAGAUGGCUCCCGUCAUGUCAAAGCCCGUCAUGCUGCCGCAGUCGCAGGCUAACCGGCCAGAUCCGCUCCGACCUGCUGUCCGUUCUGAUGGCCUGCCUCCAGAAAUGCUUAAACGGAUGGUGCCUUUCAACUCGUCUUUCAAAUCAAACAACAAACAAGGAUUUCAGAAAUACGUGGACAACUUUGAUCCUUACUCCAUGUUCUCCUCAGAGCAGGUAGAUGGGCGAGAUGUGAGACUGUUAAAAAUCAAAAAGGCCGGACAACUUGAACUUGCUCUGGAAGGGGGAGUUGACUCUCCUCUUGGAAAGUUGGUGGUGUGUUCAGUGUAUGAAGGCGGUGCAGCCGAUAAGCACGGAGGGGUUGUCCCUGGUGACGAACUCAUGGCUGUCAAUGGGAAGAUCCUGAUUGACGCUACUUUAGAAGAGGGACAAAACUCUCUGGCUCGGGCCUGGAACAGUGGAGGGGACUGGAUCGAUGUUGUGAUUGCUGUGUCCCCUCCAAAGGAUUAUGAAGAUGAAGUGACAUUCUUCUAAUACCACCAGCCAUUAAAACCAGAUUCAUUAGGAGGAACCUCUUCAACGAGAAGACUGAGAGGCUCUGUGCUUUUUCUGCUUUAUCUCACUUUGGGACUGAGCCAAGCUGUCGUUCAGACUGACGCUGCAUCACUGAUAGCCAUCUUCACUGUCUUGUUUUGUCAAUGGAUGGUCCAAUCAAUAAUCAAAUUUCUCCCUUAGACCUCUUCCCUUCUGCAAAAACUGGAAAUAAUUGACUUCUAUUAUGCUAGCAUCAGUCACUAUGCAAAUGAAGGAAGAAUUUGAAUAAAUAAUCAAUAAUGCGUUCAGAAUUUUCUUGACCCCAAUAAAGAACUGGUCAGACUAAAAUUGAGGUUCUGCUUGAAUAUUGAUUUUAGAUUUUUUAAUUACAUUUUUUUUUUUUCAAAUUUAUAUACUUAGUGCUGUAAAUAUAGUAUUUUUAAGUAAAAGUUAUGUUUGCAUCUAUCCUCUGCAGAAAUAUGCAUAUCCAGUAUAUAAUCCACAUUUUUGUUUAGAUGUACAAGAGCUUGGGACUCUGAAUUAGUAUUUUAUAUACAAACGAUGGGGAAAGAAAAAUGUCACUGUCUUUAAGUUCUUGGGUUUUUUUUGUACUAGUAUAUAAAAAAAUCAUCUGGAGUUUUCAUUUGCUACAUCAAACCUCAAGUGUGCAAAAAACCAUGACAGAUUCUGUGGUGUCAUUACAUCUGAAAAGUUGCGUAAGCAGUACAUUUAUAGAGCUCAACCUAAAUCAGAUGCCGAAGUGUCAGCUUAGGGUCUUAAACCUUCAGAAAUGUCUUCCUUAGUUCUGCUCGGUUGUUUCAGACGAAAGAUAUUUUCCAGUUUUGACAGUCAUGAGUAAAAGCAUCAGACUUGAGUUCACCUUCCACACCUGUGGAACCAUCUUCUCAGCAGUCAUCGUCCCGGACAGAACGGCCAUUUGCUCAUAUUUAUUGGUGUGAGGUAGUGAACUCACCAGACAAAUAACAGCAAUAAGUGAGGCAGGAACUAAUCAUUUACUAAAUAUAAAAUAAAAUAAAUAAUUAUUUCACCAGAAUGCACCCAAAAACUGCAUGAGUGAAAUUAAUGAGGUGAAUUGCCGGGAGAAGACCUACUUUUCUUUUUUUUUUUUUUACAGAGACGGGAUAUUUAUAUUUCUACAUUUUUGUAAAUCCUAUGCAUGUGUUGGACUGUAUACAACUGUGGCAACUUAAGAGAAAAUGAAGUUUUCAAAUAAUGAUUUAAUCCAUUAAGGAAAAUAAGUUAUUCAAACCAACCUGGCAUUGUAUGAAAAAGUUAUCCUGUUACUUAGUAACAUGAUAAUUACAGGUAAAUACUGUUUAAUGCAGUAUAUGUUUUCCAAACAUUCCUUCUAUUUGGCAUUUAGUUUUCUUCCUUUUUAUGCCUAAUUCAUUUCACAAUCAAGUUCAAGCUGCAACCAAGGUUUCUUUAAACAUUGAUGUUAAUACUUUAUUUUAACAUAUUAAAUUUAUCAUUUAACUA